AUGGCUGUGCUCAAUGGCAGCAAGCGACGCCACGUCAAGUGCGAUGAGGCUCGACCCUCGUGCCGACUCUGCGUCCUCUCGGAUCGUGUCUGCACCUACACCUCCCAGGACUCAGCCCUACGGGUGAAUCCCCCCUCCGAAACGCCCUCAACGGAUGGUUCCUGCAGCCCGGCACCCCAUUCAGAACCCAAUGAAAGGCCCGUACCUGGCACUGUUCGACCCAAUCUGGAGGGCCUCGCUGGUAACCCCAGCAAUGGCCACACGGAAUCUGACGAAGUCAACUUCGACCACAUGGAGCUCCUCAUCCACCUGACUGUCGAUGAAGACGUCUUCAGUCUCGCUGACCAUGUCGAGGACUACAAGCUGGCCAUGUCCAUCGGUCUCCCCCUCGCCCACGCCACGCCGUACCUCCUCUACCAGAUGCUUGCCUUCUCCGCGCGCCACCUCGCCCACCUCCACCCGCAUCGCUUCGCCAAGUACCACAACCUCGCCGUCGGCCUGCAGACCCGCGCCGUCUCGCUCUUCAACGCGUCCGGUACCGCGCCCACCCCGGAUAACUGCGUGCCUAUGCUCCUCUUCGCUACCAUCCUCGGCCACCACCUGUUCGCGGACAUGCUCUCGCAGAGGGAAGACGGCGGCUUCCAUGCCUUUAUCACCCGCUUCACGCAUUGCUUGGAGCUGCAAAAAGGCAUCCCCACCAUCUUCACCACCGCCAGACAUGUGCUGAUGACGUCGCCUCUGGAGCCGGUUCUGAAGGGGAGCAUGGAUCUCACAGCACGUGACCCGACAGGAGACGAUUGCGACGAACUGAUGAAACUCAUCUCCAGCUCCUCCCAGCUCACACCGUCCCAGAAAGAAUCUUGCCUCGCCUCCACGCGCUUCCUCCAAGUCGGCUUUGACUCCUCCGCUGAUGGCGACGAGUCCCCCCAACGCCAUCAAAUGUGCUUCACGUGGACGCUUGUGGUGUCGCCCGAGGUGACCGCCUUGAUGGCCACGUGCCAGCCGGAGGCUCUGGCCAUGUUGUUCUAUUACGCCUUGCUCUUGCACUCCAGUAGUAGUGUCUGGCAGAUUGGCGCAUCGGGCGAGUAUAUCAUGGACAAGGUCGCUACGUUCCUUGGCCCGAGCUGGGAGUACUGGCUCAGUGCUGCUCGUCGGAAAACGGCACAAUCGUCCCACGAUGCGGCGCCACCGAGUGUUGUUUGA